GCCGCUGCAUGCGAUGCCCGCAGAUCGACGGCCAGACUGGCUGGCUGGUAUCUCUCUAGGCCCGGCCCGUUCGACGCCUGGAUAUCCCCGAUUCCCGCCCGUCAGCCUGCAGCCAUCUUGGAAGGGAUGGAGGCGAUUGGGCAGAGCUGGCAGCAUCACAGAAGCCGGCCUCGAGGGGAUAUAACUUGAUACAACUUGGCACCGUGGCUAUCAUCUUCCGCUUGACACCAGGACCUCUGCUCCAAGCUUGUCAUUUCCCACUGUAUCUUCUCAGCGUGAAUCUUUGCAAAUCCUUGCCUUCUUGCAACGAUGUUCCGUCAUAAAUUUGAACUGCCGUUGUUGAGGGAUGGACAUCGGUCCGAGAAGCAC